GACAGUGGGCACCCAAUACCCGGGUCAUCAGGUACCGGAUUGUCUGGCUCUGGCUCGACAGCGGCGGGCAUCGGGUCACCAGGUAUGACAGCGGGCACUGGGUCUCACCAGGCAUCAGGUCAUUUGGCUCGACAGCGGGCACCGCUUUAUCUGGCAAGGCAGUGGGCUCCCAGUCAGUCAACUGGUAUGACCAGGGGCACUGGGUCAGACAUUGGAUCGGCUGACUGGACAGCGGGCAUCGGGUCACCAGGCAUCAGGUCCAUUUGGCUCGACAGCGGGCACCGGACGUCAUCUGGAGCAAGGCAGUGGCUCCGAGUCAACAGGCACGACAGUGGGCACGGGUCAUCAGGCACUGGAUGGCCACUGGCUCGACAGCGGGCAUCGGGUCACCAGGCAUCAGGUCAUUUGGCUCGCCAGCGGGCACCGCGUCAUCUGGCAAGGCAGUGGGCACCGAGUCACCAGGUA